AUGUCUGAGCCUGAGCAGUGUAUUAUAUGUCUCGAGCCACUGCCACGUCUGCAGUCCUCAACCGCUGUAGACGUUGCUGUGCAGGUACCACCACCGCCACCCGCCUCUGAAGCUGUCACUGCCUCCACCAAGGCUGAGCCUACAGCGCUGCCAACACCCACUGCAUCCACUGCACCGUCUGCAGCGGCCACCAGCGACAGUGAGAGCGCCGCCUCGGGUACAAUCACCAACGGUGCUCUCAUCGAGAGCGACAGCGACGACAGCCUUCUCAACAUUGUCGCAGAACUGGACGGAUGUGAGCACAUUAUUCACAAUGCGUGCAUCCGUUCCUGGGCCCAAAAGACCAACACUUGCCCAAUUUGCCGCAAGCUCUUCCACACCAUCAAAGUACUCAACGGUGUAGACGGCACUCUGUUAUCUACAUACCACGUCGAUGACAAGAAACAAGUCGCCGACUUUGACCUUCAGCAGUGGCUUGUUGAAAAUGUCGAGGAGGAGGAGGAAGAGAGCUGCCCAUGUCCCAUCUGCAACUCCUCCGAGCGGGAGGACAUCCUCCUCCUUUGCGAUAGCUGCGAUGCAGCGUACCACACGCACUGCCUCGGGAUGCAGGAAGUGCCCCAAGGCGACUGGUACUGCAUGGAAUGCCGACACCUCUUCCAACUAGCCGACGAUCCCCCAACGCCCACCGACGAGAUACGAUCGCCCCGCCCCCGAUAUGUACAUCGGCCUCAUCCUCGAGACUCGAGGGGCCACAACGUUCGGACUCGUGCCAACCUGAGGCGCGCACGUCAGCAGGCGAGGAAUUUCGAGUGGCAGGGUGCAUGGGGUCACUUUGCCGGUCGCUUCUUUGACCUGAGCGACGUCGACCUCGAUAAUGCAGACGAGGAGGUAGAAGAGCUGGAGCAAUUCAGGAGAUUUCAACAGCUCGAUCGACGAGAGUUGCAGAGGUGGCAGCAGCGGGUGAACAUUGCUAACCGCCUUGGCGCCCGAGAGACCUUUGCGAACAACAUCCCGCCUCAAAUCAGCGAAUAUCUACAACCUCCUCCUAUCGAAGAAACUGUCGACGAAAGAAGAGCAUGGGGGGCUCUUGAGCGAGCGAGGGAGGUCGAAGAAGGCACGCCAACAAACUCUCGCAAACGGAAGGCUCGUUCUGUGACAGCGUCCCCGGCUGAGCCUGUACAGGAACCCGAGAGGAAGCUAAAGCGCCCUCGAACACGACGACUCCCGCCACAACAGGGCGAAGCCUCGGCGUCCGCCUCCUCGCCCGUCACAUCAGGCCCAUCCAACCAACGCUUGACAAAUGGCGGCCCAGCCACCCGCGUGGCUGUACCAACCGCAAAUCGAGAGCUCAACCGCGACGAAAAUGGGCCACCCCUGGUGUCUUCUCUGCUCAAGGAGCUCGAGCCUCACGCUCACUCCGAGGACGAAAACUCGGCCAUAAACUCGUGGUGGCAGGGCGUUCCUGAGGCAUCCUCCCCAGCCUUGUCACCAGUCCACUCAGCUCACAGCAGCCCUCGCGCACUCUCCAUGACCCCGCCUCCGCUGCCCAGCGUCGGCGGUCGGCCAACCUCACCUACGCUCUCGCUGAGCACACACAUCGAGCCACGCUACCCCCCCGCAAAUUAUUCACCAACUCGCAACUCAAGCGAGCAGACCGAGCCCGAACCUAGAGUCGGUCGACCAACAGAGACUCGAACACUCGAACUGCGCCAGCCUCGACCUCGUCGGCCAUCUAGGGCCACAUCACGUGCAGAGGAAACAUCGCCAACCCGAACCACGAUGACUCCCGAAGAGAAAAAGAACAUCAACGAUAUUGUGAAAAACGCGCUUAGACCACAUUGGCGAGCUCAAAAACUGACCUCGGACCAAUAUGCCAUGAUAAACCGAGAUAUCUCCCGGAAGCUUUACGAAGAAGUCGGAGACGCAUCUGCGCUCGACCAAGAUACUCGACGGACAUGGGAGAAGAGGGUCACUCAAGAAGUAGCCCAAGCCAUCGCCGGGCUCCCUGCCUGA